ACGAAGUUUCUCUGUACAAAGAACUGAAAGAAGUACAACUUUUGCAUGGAAUCUAUCAGGUAUCAAUAUGCUUCCUAGGUGUACGGCUUUAAGACCAGACUGACUACUGCAGUCACAAAGAUGAAGAUAUGGCAAAAAUAUCCUUAGUUCCAUACAAGAAAAUUCAAAUGUACAAGAGAACCAGUGACACCCUUUUUCUUAAAUUAUGGCCUUAGGCCACACGCCAUAGCAACCUCAUGUCAAGCACGUUAUAACAUCUCAAGAAUGCCAUGUAAGUUUUGUUCCCUUCUUCUAGUAAGUAAACCUCAUUCAUUAAGAAGAUAGAAGUAAAGAAAAAAGCAAGAUAAAGAAAAACAAAAAUAUAGAAAGGAAAAAUGGGAGAUGAAAGGAAGAAGGCGAUGAAGGGAUGCAUCAAGAGUAGUAGAGGACCUUGGAUAGUUCAUAGAGCUACCAAAGAUGGUGGCAUUGUAACAAAAUGUAGGUAUCCUACUGAUAGAGAGCGCCAAAACAACAAGCAAAGAGAACGCAGACGGCGAGCAGUGGCUAGGAAGAUCUUUGCAGGGCUUAGACAGCAUGGCAACUUCAAGCUUCCCAAACAUGCCGAUAGCAAUGACGUUCUCAAGGCUCUUUGUGAUGAAGCUGGUUGGCAUGUUGAAGAAGAUGGGACCAUUUAUAGGAAGGUUAAGUUUGCGAAAAGUCAUGUGGGUCCAGAGAAUGGAGCACAUCCAUCAAGUUCAUCACUUGAACACUGCCAUGGGAUUGGAGGCCAUGAUCUCAAACUCUCACUUUCACUGUCACUUUCAAGUUUAUCUUGAGAAAAAGAAAUGAGAGGAUGGUAAGGAGAAUCAGGUGGAUUUGUCUCUGAGCUGGGUGCUU